AUGACUUCUUAUCUUGGCUCGUCGGCACGCCUGGCCGUGAUGGCCUUGCUGGCAUUCAUGCUGGCUAUGGCUUCGGCUCGCCCGGCUUCUAUGAGGAUAUUGCCGCGCGCUGCCCCCAAGGCUCCCAGCGAUGACCCAUUCUAUCAGCCCCCAGCUGGCUACGAGUCGGAGGCGCCUGGAACUAUCCUGCGGGAGCGUGAGAUCAGUGUCGCUUUCCUGGGAUUGAUCCCGGACCCCGUCAAGGCAUACCAAUUGCUGUACCGCACGACAGCCAUCAACGGCACGGCUAUUGCUGGGGUGACGACCAUCUUCGUGCCAACGUCGGCGAAGAAGGAUCGAUUUUUGUCUUUCCACACAGCGUACGAUAGCUCAGCGACGAUCUGCAACCCUAGUUACAAUUAUCAGCUGGGUGCUGCGCAGACCGACAUCAUCUCCUCUGCCGAGCAGUUGAUUCUGCAAGUCUACCUGCUCUUGGGCUACAUUGUCACCUCGCCUGACUACGAGGGGCCCGAUGCAGCCUUUGGGCCGGGUCACUUGGAGGGGAUGGGCGUUUUGGAUAGUAUGCGAGCCGUGUCCAGUUUCAAGACGCUAGGUUUGUCCAGUGCUAACCCUAUGAUUGUGGGUACUGGGUACUCGGGUGGUGCAAUUGCAACUGGUUGGGCAGCUUCACUGCAUCCUACUUAUGCUCCCGAGUUGGACAUCAAGGGCUGGGUACAGGGCGGUACUCCUGCCAACUUGACUGGUACCUUGGUCUUCAUCGAUAACACUCUGUUCAGCGGUUUCAUUCCUGCCGCUGUUGCGGGUCUGGCGAUGCCCAGUGCUUAUGGCGCCGAGCUCAACCCCAUAAUCAACGGCAUCCUGACUGCAAAGGGUGCACAGGUCCUAGAGACUGCGAGAACUACUUGCGCGGUUGGUGAUAUACUCGCAUUCCCUGAGAUGUCCCUGUUGUCCACAGAAAUUCAAAGCCUGGGCGACCGUCUGCUCUACCAACCGACUAUCCAACAGAUCCUCAGCAAGAACAUGAUGGGUGUUAAUAAGACGGAGACUCCCACGGCGCCAGUCUUUGUUUAUCAUGCGACGCAAGAUGAGAUCAUACCCUACGCUAAUGCGUCCACGAUGGUCGAUUCAUGGUGUAGCAAUGGGGCCAGCGUCAAGUUCACCACUUUCGCCACUGGUGGUCACGCGACAACGGAGGUAAUUGCUAUCCCGGACGCGAUCAGCUUUGUUGAGGCUGCGUUUGCUGGUAAAACGGCGAGCGGCUGUUCGAAGAAUACCGAGCUUGGCAGUAUCCUCAAUCCUAUUGCCCUAGGUGUUGAGCUUGAGCCUAUUCUGACUAAGCUGAUUGACGUGCUUGCUCACCUGGGUCAGAGUGACUCGAACGUUAAACAGAAUUUGAAUGUGCUUAAUGAGGUUGUCACCUGGUGA